AUGGAACAGAGUGUCUUUAAAGAUGCGAAAUUCUUCAUCAUUUCCUGUAAUGACAAAGAGGUAGUUGAUCUUCUUAAGUCUUUGGGUGCUGUGAGCCAUCCCUUCCUAUCAGAAAGUGUACGUUUUGCUAUCAGUGAUGACCCAUCUCUUGCGGAAGUUGGUGAGGCGGAAGAAUUGUAUGCUGUCCCAGUUGUUACUAGUCAUUGGGUAAAACUCUCUGUUGAAGCACAAAAAUUUUUGCCAUUUCGUCCUUUUCAUCCGGACUUUAAACAUAUAUUCGCAGGGACAGUAAUUACAUGCAGUGGAUUGAGUGUGGCCGAUCAGCUUUCAAUAUGGGCUCAUGUUACUAUACAUGGAGGUCAAAUGUGUCAUUACUUGGAUAAGUCUGUUACUCAUGUGGUUGUUGCCAAGGCGGCGGGAAAUUUCUACAAAUAUUGUACUAAUAAAUUGGCGAAUGACAAUGCUACUUAUGAUGAGAAUAGUUCGAAACCCUUUAUAGUUACACCUGAUUGGAUUGUUGAUUGCUUAUCACAAAAUAAUUUAUUACCAUGUACAUCAUAUCAUCCUGAUUUGUUAAUUCGUACAUCAUUAUCAUCCCCGUCUAAACAAACCUGUUUAAAGAAGCCUCAACAGCCACAACAACAAUUAAAUGAGCCUAAGGAACUAGACUUAUGUCAUGCUAAUAAUUCUAUAAAUGACUCGAUAAAGCAAGAAAAUAAUUUAAUUAUCAAUUCUACAUUAGCUAAUGAUUCAAUAAUGCAUGGUGAUAACAAUAAUAUUGUCGUCGAAGUUAUUGGUACUACUGCUUUGACUUCUAAUGCAAAUAUCACUGUUACUACAAAUGAUAAUAUAGUGAAUUGUACGAAUACACCACAACUACAACCACCACUUCCACUCCCACAACAUCAGCAGUCACAAAUUCAUACAAAUAAACAAUACUUGGUACAAACUAAUCAACUCAUGCACCAUACAUUGCAGUCUACCCACCAGUUAUCGACAGUAUUAUCGGGCGGAACAAACGUACAAGCAGCCACUGGAAUAAGCGUUCAACAGAUUAAUAUGAGAAAUGUUGAUCAAAAGCCACCAUAUGGUAGUGGUUCAUCACCUGUACCUCCGAAUAAAUCUGGUCGUGGUGGACAUUCACGCGGCGGCGGCAGCGGUUCAGGUCGUAGUUCGUCUAAAAAAGCCUCUCAAGAUCAGUUUCGAAGUGGUAGUCAGCAACAACAACAACGUUUUCCACUGUCAUCACCUGUACCAAAUCGUUAUCCAGUUGCUCCAAAUAUGGGGGCUGUUAGUGGAGGGGGUGGUGUUGGUUCUCAGCGAUUCGCACUGAAUCGUCCACAGGGUUCUGUUGCACAGCGUUAUCCGUCCACUUUACCAAUUUAUACUGAUCCUGCAGUUCAACAAGGGCUAAUGCAACAAACUGGAGGGUCUGAUGCUCAUGGAAAUCCUAUUUUAUUAGGAACUAAUUAUUCCACUUCCAGUGUAUCAACAAAUCAUACUAAUGUAAUUUUGACUAAUAGUCUAUUACCGGCUACAACUUCUACAACAACACUUGGCGGACAUUCAGUAAUUGGUAGUAAUAGUAAUAGUGGUGGUGGUAGUAUUAAUAAUACUAUCACAUUGACAACAUCAUUGACUGCAAAUACAGGUGGUAAUGCUCUAAACAGUAUUACUGGGAAUAGUGGGGGAGGAGGUGGCAACAUCGGCGGUGGUUCUAGUAGUAUUAGUACUAAUACUACCACUAUUACUGCUACCAGUACUACGACUACUGGACAUCAUGGCAAGACAAGUAAAUCAAAGUCUAGCAAGCACAUGCAGGAGCAAAAUUUGAAUGAAGAAGAAAAAGAUGCUAUUGUUAUGCAAAAUGUGAAAAAUAUUCUCAGUUUACAGCACACAUGGAAUCGGGAAUCAUCUCAUGGUCGAGGCUCUUCGUCAGCAUCAUCCUCUGAAGCUCAUUCAUCCAAUAGUAAUACAGGACAUAAUCAAAACGGACCAAAUUCAUUUUCUGGAUCUCAAGGAGGAAAUUCAUCUAAUUUGAGCAAUCUUAUUAAUUCUAGCUAUGGUAGUUCAUCCAAUUUGACCAAUUCACAAAUUUCUGGAAGUCAUCGAAAACCGAAAUCACCAAAAUCACCUUGUCGUGCUGUUGGAAGUAAUCUUAGUCAUAAAGUCUCACCGAAAUCGCCAAAAAAUGCUAAAGUUACCGGAGCCACUAAAACUUUAGCAUCACCUCAUCAACAGCAUAUUCAACAACAACAACAACAGCCAUCUAUUGUGAUGGCCGGUUGUGCUGGUUCCGCACUUCCUUCAGUUUUGCUAACUGGUAGUUUACAACAAAUGCAAUAUCGACCGGCUAAUAGUAAUUCACUUCAACCUACAUCCACUCAACUUCAACGGUCUACGAGUAUGCAACAUUAUUUAACUACCACAGCUACAAUUGCAUCACAUCAACCACAGUCGUCAGUACAAGGUGGAACAUCAGCUUAUAUUGUACAAAGACAUCCAUGUGGUCAACUUGUAGCUAGUGUAUCACAACAAACAACGCAUGGACAAUUGCAUACACAGUCAUUUGCUGUUCAAAAUCCUUAUCAACGUACUGGUAGUAUAUUGACUGCUGUUAAUAAUUCAACCGUAGCCCAACAACAACAAACCCAACCUCAGGUAAAUGUUCAACAUUUUCAACAUACCGCAUCAGUUCAACAGCCAACUUUAUUAGUUCGUACUACUCGUCAACCAUAUCAACAAAAUGAUAACGCGGAAUCACAGUCAGAUAUGACUAUAAUCAGUUCAGAUGGUUGUGGAGAUAUUUUACUAACUAGUAACCAUGUUAAUCCACAACAUCCUUUGUCUUCUAAUCAUCAUCAAAUUUCAACAGGCCAUACUAUUCAAUCAUCAAAUCAUUUGUUUCAAUCAACUCAUCAAUCUGGGCAUAAUUCAACAACUAUUGAACAAACACCUCAUAAUAAACAAAUCGUUAAUUCACAGUCAUCAUUGUCAUCAUCACCAUCAAUCACUCAACAAUUAUUAUUGCAGUCUACUGGUGGAAGUAAUGUAGGUGUUGGUAAUCCUGCUGGUCAACUUAUACAAAUCAAGUCGACACCGUAUAAUUCGUCGCCGGUACAACAAGCUUUGUUAUCGGAAAGUAACCAACACCAUCCUCAUCAUCAUCACCAACAACAACAUCAUUUGGCUACCACAGCGCCUACUACUGUGAAUAGUAAUUCACAGUUAACACCUACUAUGAUUAUUGAUAAUCGUACAUUACAUCAUAAUCAUUCACAACAACAAGUUAUUCAGCCAAAUUGUAGUUUAGCAACAACUUCAACACAUCAACAACAACCACACCACCAACAGCAAGCGGUACAACUUCAUUUCGCCUUACAAUCACCUACUAGCAAUGUUAGUAAUAAUAAUAAUACCCUGGGAAAUAGUGGUAGUGUCACUAAUCCUAACCAAGUCAAAUCACCAUCUACAUCGAAUAUUCUGUCUCAGCAACAUUCAACUAUCCCAAGUGGUGGUAAAAUGACACAAUUACAGCAACAGAUACAAACACCUUCUCAAUCGCCUACACGUCAUUCUGUGAAUAAUCAAUUGAAUCGGCAUUAUAUACAACAACCUCAACAGCCACAUCAAUUCUCUGCUGCAUUGACGCCUCAUCCUACACACUAUCAACAACAGCAGCAGCAACAACAAAAGGUUCAACUUUCACCUGCUGCUGCCGUUCCUGUUGGGGGUGGUGGCGUCGGUGCUUCACCACAGUACCAAACAAUCCAUGGUUGUUUUACACAACAACAACAACCGCAACAACAACAUCCACAACAGAUCAUAUUUCAAUCACCGACUGGACAACAAAUUAUCGCUGCACCACAACAUCAGUCAAUGUCGAAUACAUUUGGAAGGAGUUUCACUAACUCAGCCCCAAGUGGAGGAAUGCUUCUUCGUUCUGUCCUACCAUGUUCUAACAAUACGAAUAAUACACUUGGAAAUGGUUUCCAUCAAAAUCAAUCUUCAUUAGUCACAUUGACGACUAAUCAACGUGCCGUCCCACAAAUAACUAAUCGAGCUCCAGCUAACAAAGUUCUUUUUCAAACUAGUCCAACAGCUCAGGUAAAUACUAGUAAUAAUACUGUGCAUUCUACACAACAACAGGGGGUGCAUCAACACCACAACCACCAUCAGCAACAACAACAGCAGCAGCAACCCAUUCACACACCUCCUCAACAAAUUCAUCCAAGUGGGAUUAUUUCAAGCCAACAGUUAAAAACAAAUCAUCAAAUAGUACAUGGACAGUCAGUAGGACGAGGGAAUGCUCAAAUGGUUAUGGGUGAUUCAUCUUCUGUCAGUGUGAUCAAUGCUCAAAAUCAUCCUCAUCAAACUGGCACAGUUCAUUCUCCAUAUCAUCAUGUAGCAGGGCAAAAUUUAAUACAUAAUAAUAAUGUUGAUCAUUCGUUUAGUCCACGUCCUACACAUCAUUCUCAAGUUGCACAAGUACCAUCAAACAAUCAUUCUUCAUCUACCGUUAAUGUUGCCAACGGUCAACCACCUCGACAUGCAUCUCAGAUACCUGUUACUACAAUUGUACAAUCUGCAAAUCGACAAAUUUCUUGUAAUUCAACACCAAUGAAUGUUUCACAUUCAACGCCUACAAUUAUAACACCUGCAAUAUCAUUAACCCCCACUUACUAUGGUCAUGACGGUAAUCCUUUACCGUCUAAACCGGAAGAAUGUUUAAUUGGUUGUGUUCUAUUAAUUUUAGGCUAUCGGAAUGUACCUGAAUCACAAAAAAUUGUUUGGCGACGUGUUAUGCGUUCACAUGGUGCAGAAGUAGUAAUGGCUUAUGAUCCUAAUAAAGUUACACAUGUUAUUAUUGAUUGUCAACUAGAAGAACCUGAUGUGAUUAAACAAGCUUUAUUAGAUCAUAAACGUUUGGUUACAAUUUAUUGGGUUAAUGACAUACUUGCAAAAGGUAGAAUGAUCGCACCAUUUGAAAUUUUACACUUGCCAUCACCAUUUUCCAAAGAUAUCACCUUUUCAUUUAUUCGUACACAGAUUAUAUCACUAACUGGUUUCGAAGGUAAAGAUCGUCAAAAAAUUGAAAUGAUCAUACGUCAAAUCGGUGCCACCUUUACUGAUUACCUUGAACCGUCCAACACAUUGUUAGUUUGUAAACAACCAUCGGGUAAAAAGUAUGAAAUGGCUCAACUAUGGGAUAUACCAUGUAUCAAUGUACGCUGGUUACAAGAUCUUUAUUUUGGUGAUUUAACAACACUAUCUUUACCAAUACUUCAUAAAUAUUUAUGCUUUGAAACAUCAGAUGUAACAAUUUCACUGGAACGAUGUACUCCACGUGUACAAGAUUUGAUGGUUGGAUGGCAAAAUCCAAUUCGAUUAACUCAAGAAAUAUGGAUACGUUCUACUAAAUUAUCUCAUGAUUUUGCUAAUGAAGAACGUGAACGUAAGCGUAAACUUGAAUUAGAAACUAGCAUAAAUUACAAUGAUAGUAGUAAUAAUCAUUGUAAAGUUAAAAAAUCCAGAUGUUUAUUAACUUCAUUAACUGAUGAAGAGAUAAAAAUUGCAAUGUCAUGUCGACCAAGAUAUGAAAUUCUCUUGUUAGAAGCUGAACAAAAACGUGAAUUACAAGCGACUAUGAAAGCUAUUGCUGCAUCAGCUGCGGCGGCGGCCGCUGGCGAUCCUCAGAGUACUCCGGAAAGCGAGACAAGUCUUCAUAUUUCAGCUGCUGCCGCUAUUGUUGCGGCAACAACUAUCACUGUUUCGCCUGUAACUACUAUUACUACUACUACUACUACCACCACUACUACCGAUAGUAAUAAUAAUAGCGGUAUUGCUGAUUGCACUAAUUCAACCCCAAAUAUAUCAGUUAGCACAGUCAAUAAUGAUAAUGUUGACACAAUGUCUAAAACUAACUCGUUGAUCCUUCAUCCGUCCAAUACUAAUCAUAAUAUUGUCGCUGUUAGUCAGUCAUGUUCUGUUGAUUCAGUUGAAAUAUCUAAUCUGCCAGCUGAUAUUGUUUGUGAGGAAAAUAAUUCUAUUAUAAUAAAAAUGGAAUGUGACAAUUACGUGUCUUCGGUUGCGAAUGAAUCCAACGAUAAUAAUAAUAAUAAUGACAAUAAUAUUACAGAUUCUGUCAAACAACAACAACAAACUGCCGAGGAGUCUAACUAUUUGAAGCAUGAAGAAUGCAAGAAAAUUAAAGAAGAAUCCAAAUCAUUGGAAUUGGAUCCCUCCAUGGCAGAUAAAAUUGUCUGCUGCAGUGAAUCUUCAAUAGUCAUUUCUGAAAAUAUUCCAACUAGUGAAAACAUUCCUUUAUCUCCUAAUCACGAUAACACUGUUGGUGGUGUGGUUGCUAAUGCUGAUGACGCAAUUGUCAGUAGUGAUAACGACGUUCAAAAUGACAACAAUAUGAAACUUGAUUACAAUGUUGUUACCUAUAGAAUGAAUACGAAUGAAGACUCGAUUCGAAUGACAUUUGAAUCAAAUGAUAUUGGUAAUCGUGACGAAAUUGAGAGUACUGAGAAGACAAGUAAUAAUGAAGUUUAUAAGGAUAAUAUUGAUAACAGUGAUAAUAAUGAUAGCGACAUUUACGAUAAGGUUCCACAAGUAGAUGAUAUUGCCAUAGUAUCAUCAUCAACAUCUGUUUCUAACGGUUGUUUAUUCAACGAGACUAAAGUUUCUCAGACUUCUAUAAUUGAAGUGAAUACCAAUGCUAUGGAGUCAUCUAUUUCAGAGACUAGUUCAGUGAUAAUUCAGAAAGAUACGGAUAUUGUGAUGACUGACGAAUUGACUAUUGUCUCUUCAGAUGUUACUACCACUACUACUGAUUCAGUGAUUGUAAAAGAUUUACAUGACAAUAUUAUUCAAUCUAACAAUAUAAACAACACAACAGAAACAACAACAGUAUUUACUAGUGACAACGUUUGUUCAAUCAUCCAAUCCAGUCAUUUAUGUGGUGAUGAUGAUGCAGUUCGUAAACGCUUAGCCACUAGUCCUAUAGAUGAUAUGAUGAUGGAUAGUAAACGACGUGCAAUAGAAACAAAUUCAGUUGAUUCCAGUUCGAAAAUAACUAAUAUCAUUGCUUACUGCCCAGUCACUUCUUUCUCUUCACAGCACACACCUCCUUCUUUGUCUUCUUCUACAUGUCAUUAUGAAAGUAAAAUAACUGAAAAUGUAUCUAAUUCCGUGUUGAAUGGUCACAUCAAACUUGAUGCCGAAAAUUCAGUAACAAUGCCUAUAAUUAAAAUUGAUGAAAAAUUAAAUGGAAUAGAAGAGGAUAUUUCUGAAUCUUCAAGUCAUAUGGAUGAUGAUACUAAUGAUAAUAUAGUUGUAGAAGACGUUGUACAAAAUAUAAAUGAUAAUAACAAUGAUAUUAUUGAUACCGUUUGUAGUGAAGAUACAGACUCAAAAAAUCAAUCAACUAAUCAUCAUCAUGAUGACACAACGGUACUACCUCCACCUAUUUGUACAGAGAUCAGGAUUACAUUCACUGCUAUUGAUUUGGAAUCACGGUUAAGUUUAACUGAAUUAUGUUUACAAUUACCUGAUUGUAAAAUUGUUGAUUCAGCUGAAGAAGCUACUCAUUUAGUAGCUAAGCGACUAAUUCGUACACCAAAAACAUAUAUGGCUGUUGCAUUAGGCUGUUAUGUUGUAACACCAAAAUGGAUACAAGCUUCUGUUAUGUGUGGUUAUUGGUUAGAUGAGACACCUUGGAUUUUAUCUGAUCCAGAUUCGGAAACUCAAUUAGGUAUUGAUUUGAAAAAGUCAAUUAGUAUAGCCCGUAAACGUCAAAUGAUUGGACCAGAAGCUGGUCUAUUUGCUGGUUUAGAAUUUUGGUUUUCACCAGGUGCAUGUCAUCGUGAAAUGUGUAUUGCAUUAAUUAAAGCUGGUCAUGGUAUAAUACGUCAAAGGCGGCCAACACAAAAAAUGGCGUUAUUGGCACAACCGAAACAAUUGAUUAUUUGUCAUGAAGAUGAUAGUCAUGUGGCUAAUUAUUUAAUGCGUACUAAAACAGGCAACAAGGCUGUUCAUCAUGAAGAGUUUAUUCUAAGUGGAACUCUACGUCAAGAACUUGAUUAUGAUGCUUAUCAAAUUCAAUAUGUAAGUACAUUACGCAAUAGUUUGAAAGCUGCUGUUGCUGCCGCAGCGGCUGCCACUGCCUUAUCUAAUAAUAAUAAUAAUAAUAUCAAAAAUGGUAAUACUAACAAUAGUAAUGCAUCAGUUACUAUUCUACCACCACCUACAUCAUUAAGAUUUGAUAAUCAUAGUAGUAAUAAUAAUACUAUUAUAGAUACUCAAAAUAUUUUAUCAUCACCAUUUGGGGGACUAAUUCCUCGUUGCCAAACUGAUCCGUUAAUAAACAAUCAACAAAUUCACUUAUCGUCGAUUAUUCAAAAUCCUUCAAGUCAACAAUCCAAUUAUCCAUCAACAACAUUCCAUCAAAUAGUCGUUAGUUCAUCAUCUAUAACAAAAAAUACAUCGUCUAUGUCUAAUGAUGUUAAAUUUAUUCGGUCGACUAUCGCUAGUUGUAAUGAUGUCCAUGAUACACAUAUCCUAACUGAUUCUUAUGUUACAUUAUCUUCUUAUAAACCCUCAACGAACAUCCAGUCACUUUCAAAUAGUCAUCUUCAACUUACAUGUUCUUCUGAUACUUCAUGUCAGUCAGUAAUUAAUAAUACAACUUGUCGUUUAGUAUCAAAAAUCACUAAAGCUGAUACUAAUCUCAGUUAUCUUUUAUCACGAUCAAAUACGUUAGAUCAAAUCUCAAUUAAAAAUAAUUUAACAUGUAGUCUUGAAUGUGAUAUAACAAAUACAUUGUCUACAUCAUUUCCAUCCUUAUCAUCAUCAGGUUGUAUGUUAUUAUCAUCAACUAUUUCACCGUCAGUAUCAUCCCAUCAAGAUUUUGGUGAUAUGCAAUUAGAUAGAACAAUUGGUGCGUUUAAUAAGCCAAUAUCUGAUUUAAUCAUAUCAGUUUGCAAUGUGAAUACAUGUUCAACGAUGGAUUCACUCAAUACUAAUAAUAAUGAUAAAAAUAAUUCUAUUAUGCUACCACCGAAACCAUCUGCUACUGCAUAUAUUGCUAGUUUUGAUAAUAAACGACUUAUUAUUGGAAAUAAUCGAUCUACAAAUAAUAGUUUAUUAUUAAAUUGUACUAGUCCAACAGUUUCUGAUGCAUUUUUAUCUAAUCAAGAAACGAAACCAAAUGUUCUACAUCGUUCCGUUACACCAUUGACUGCAAUGAUUGUAGCAGCUGAAUCAGUUGUUGGAGAUUUAAUAAAUCCAUUAUCUAUAUACGAUACAAAUAACAUUCCCGUUUGUUCUAUUCAGUCAACAUUUAUAAUAUCGAAACCAAGUGGUUUUCUUAGUCAAUUGUCUAAUGUAACUGGUACUAUUACUAGUAAUAGUAGUAAUAACAAUAGUAAUAGCAGUAAUAAUAAUAAUAGUAGCAGUUCCACAGUCAAUUUAAAUGCAAGAAUAGCAGCUGCAGAUGCAAAUGCUGUGGCCAGUGCGACAGCGGCUGCAGCGAGUGCAUUAAACAGUAGUAACCAUAACACAGGUGUUAUUGUUGUCAGUGCUAACAGCGGUUGUGGCAAUAAUAAUAAUGAUAGCAAUGCUGAAAUUAUCAACAAAACUGGCAUAGGGCUAACAGUUUCAACACCUGUAAUAAUUGUUGGUGUUGGUAGUGAUAGUGGUCUUGGUAUACCGAUCCGAUCAUCAUCAUCCUCAUCACGAGGCAAUAUAUUGACUGCAAAUAAUACAUUUCCUUCAUCUGAAUUAAUUGAUUCAUCAAGAAAUUUGUUAUUUAACAUUCAACAACAGCCGGUAUCCUCUCCCUCUGUCGCUUUCACCACAUCAUCACCAACAAAAUUAUCAUUAACAAUUGGAUCAUUGGAUGUAGUGAAAAAUCUUAUUAAAAACCAAACUGAUUUUAGAAUGAAUAAUUCUCUCGUAGACAAUAUUACUAUCAGUAUUGAUAGUAUUGGUAACAAUAAUACUAAUAGUAAUAAUCACAAUAAUAAUAGUACUACAACGGAUUCAUCACUCAUUUUUCAAUCAUCUGUGCCACUACAACAAUCUUCGCACAAACUAAUAUCUUCAUCAAUUCCAGUGAAUACAACACAUGACGACUGUGAUAAUAAUGUUAGUGAUGCAGUCAGUCUUCCAUAUUCCUUUUCAUUAUCAUCAUCAUUGUCAUCCGAUUUCGCAUUGAUUCAUCAUAAUACAGCAAUAACAACAACUCACAAUAUUGUUCUUGGAAAUACAUCGAAUUAUUUUGUUGUCCAAUCAUCGUCCUCACUGACAUCAGUAACUACAACAUUGUCAUCUUCAAUGCCUGUAUCGUACACAUCGAAUUUAAUUCAUUGUUUGGAUAAAGAACAUUCAUCCGUCUUCUCCACUUAUCAAACUAACAGUAAUAAUAAUGAGUGUUCUGAAAUAUCUGAUUCACAUAUUGAAAAUAAUAAUGAUAAUUCAAUUAUGACUACUGGUGGUACGGCUGCCAAUACUACUACUAUUUGUAACAUGACUAGUGAUAAUAAUGCAGUUGUGAUGACGACUCCUCUAACAGAAUUAUAUUAUCCUAAUAUUAUGAAUGAAGAUAACAUCAAUUGUAAUAACAACGAUAUUGUGUGUACAAUACAAUCAACUACCCUUAAUAUACAGACAUCUUCGAAUUCUACAAUCUCUUUUUGUUCAUUGCCGUGUUCUAUACCAUCAAUAAUACCAUCGUCAACAUCUACAACGACAAUAACAAUGUUAUGA